AUGGAGGUCCACCACGUCCCGGUGAUCGACGUCGGGCCGCUCCUGGCGCUCGCAACGGACGCCGACGUGGACAGAGCGCUUGGCGAUACGACCGACGCAUCUGUCCGUCGUAUGGUCGACAGCGUGCGCGCGGCUUCUCGCGGCUGGGGGUUCUUCUACAUUGCUCACCACAGCGUCUCGACCGACGAGAUGGACGCGUUCCGACGCGCGAUGCGGUCGUUCUUUGCGCUGCCGGCCGCGAUCAAAGCGAGCGUUGCGAGCUCUGUGGCCAAUCCCCGGGGCUACGUCAAGGGGGAGCUCACGAAGAACAAGGUGGACUGGAAAGAGUGCUUUGACUUUACUGACGCUCAGGAAGACGAGCCCCCAGGGGAUUGCCGCGACCGCGUUGGCCGUGAACAGAACCAGUGGGUCGACGAGAGUCUACUGCCGGGAUUCCGUGCCGAGAUGCAAGCGUACUAUGACAAGAUGGGCUUUCUAUCGCGCCGUCUCAUGAAGCUCUUUGCUGUGGCGCUGGACAAGGAGCCGACGUUUUUUGACGGGUUUUUUGCCAACACGCACCCCAGUGCCAUGCGACUGAACCAUUACCCGAUCGCUCCAGAACCUGACACGACCAUGGGCGUCCACCACCACACGGACCCCGUUGCGCUGACGAUUUUGCUGCAGGAUGACGACGUGGCGUCGCUGCAAGUGCUGCAUCGAGAGUCGGGGACGUGGGUCGAUGUGCCACCACGUCGCGGCACGUUCACGAUCAACACUGGCGACUUGUUGCAAGUGUGGUCGAACGAUCAGUUCAUGGCGCCGCUGCACCGCGUGCUCGCGAGUGGGAAAGCGGACCGGUUCUCGGCUCCGUUCUUUUACCUGCCGGCAUACACUGUGCAGGUGGAACCCAUUGUGAUGAAUGACGGCGAUGUGCCAAACUACCGCCCGUUCCGGUUUCUCGAGUACAUUGUGGCGCGCGCAAGUGGCAAUUACGCUGAUCUGGGCAAGGAGAACCAGGUUGAUGAUUUCAGGAUCCACGGUGCUAUGGAUGUCGCAAACGCAUAG